AUGAUGGCACCCACAGUCCCUUUAGCACGCUACCUGUUUACUCGCCUUCGCCAACAACAGGUCGACUACAUAUACGGCGUUCCUGGUGACUACCUCCUCCGGGCGCUCGACUAUAUCCCACACUCGGGUCUACGCUUUGUGGGAUGCUGCAACGAGCUCAAUGCUGGCUACGCUGCUGAUGGACAUGCCCGUGUGCUUCGUCAUAAACACGCCGGCAAGGGACUCGGCGUUUUGUUCACGACAUAUGGAGUUGGCGAGCUAAGCGCUGCCAAUGCAGUGGCUGGUAGCUAUGCAGAACAUGUACCGGUAGUCCAUUUGGUCGGCACACCCAGCCGCAAAGCCCUGCGAGGAAGUGCGGCCUCCGGCGACGAGAGCAGGAAACACCUGCAUAUCCAUCAUACCAUGGCAGAUGAGAGGGCUAGCGUGUUCCGGGAGAUCGCAAGCAAGUUCACUAUUGCGCAGUUGAACCUUGCUGAUGUCGAUACGGCUGAUAUCCCGGGUCGGGUGGAUGGGAUAUUGAAUGAGGCCCUUAGUCAAAGUCGCCCGGUAUAUAUUGAGCUUCCAUCCGACAUGGCCCAGGUCGAGGUCGACGCUCAAGCUCUGGAUACGCCCCUUGACGGAAAGUCGCAGACGUUGAUUACAAAUGCUCAAGAUGUUGACCUCGUCGCGCGCGACCUGCUGCAAAAACUCCAAUCAGCAGCGCAGCCCAUGGUGCUUGUCGAUCGCGCCGAUGGAGUGGCGGACAUCAGGAAGGAAAUCAACGACCUCAUCCGUCAGUCAAACGUGCCGGCGCUGGCAAUGCCCUCAGGCCUCAGCAUGAUUGAUUCCGACACACCGUCUUACUAUGGAGUUCACUCAGGAGAUGCGGGAAUCAUCGAUACCAUGCCCUUUGUCAAGUCCGCCGAUUUGGUCCUGGCUUUUGGCCCCCUGUUCACCGACGCGCAGACUCUAGGCUGGCGAACCGUUCCGGAUCGACAGAAGAUGAUUAUCAUUGGAAAAAAUCACGUCGAAGGUCGUCCAGUCGAGGUACGCGAGGUUCUGCUGGCCAUAUCGCGACAGCUUGACGGCAAAACCUUGCAAAGUCAGAAUACCAAUCUGCUUGGCGAUUUCCGCAGCACUCGGCCUAAGCCCUUUCAGAUGGAUAAGCCUAUUGACCAGACCAACCUGUACCACUACUUGAAGCAGUUCCUCCGCCCCAAUGAUCUGGUACUGCUGGGGAUUGCGACACCGGUUCUCGGCGGCCGGGACCUCGUGAUGCCAAAGGGCGGCCAAGUGAUCGCCUCUGGGCUCUGGCUGUCCAUCGGGCAGAUGCUUCCCGCAACACUGGGCGCGGCCCAGGCUCACAGCGGACGCACGAUUCUGCUCGACGGUGAUGGCAACUUCCAGGUUACUGGGCAAGAGCUGAGCACAAUUAUCCACCAACGCCUGGACGUGACAAUCUUCAUCUUCAACAACGGCGGGUAUACCUACGAGCGAUACAUCCACGGCAUGGACGAGUCCUACAACGACAUUGCUCCUUGGUCUUACCUCGAUGCCCCGGCAUUUUUCGGGGCCCCUGCUGACUACCCUGUUCGACUCGAUAGAAUCAGAACGUGGGGUGGCCUGUCUCGGCUGCUGGAAGACGAAACCUUCCAUUCAGGUAGUGGUUUGAAGUUGGUAGAUCUGGUUCUCGAUAAGUAUGAUAUCCCGGCGACGUUCAAGGAGACCUUUGAUCAGGCGGCGGCGCAGCUGUAA